AUGGGGUACCCAAGCUCGGAAAUAUCCCCAGUCUCUUCUUUAAUUAGCAAAGAGCUUUUUGACACAAUAUUUCUACACAAAGAUGAUGAUGCAUGCCCUGCCAAGAACUUUUACACAUACGAUCCUUUCAUCAAUGCAUCGGGUUGCUUUCCCAAAUUUUGUAGAACAGGAAGUUUAACCAAACGAAAGCGCGAAAUUGCUGCUUUUCUUGGUCAGAUAUCCUAUGAGACCUCAGGUUGGUGGCCUAACGCAACGGAUGGACCUUAUGCUUGGGGCUUGUGUUAUAAAGAGGAAAUUAGUCCAAAAAAUGAUUACUGUAACUCCAGCAACCAAGAAUGGCCGUGCUUCCCUGGCAAAUCUUACAAAGGAAGAGGCCCCAUUCAAAUAACUUGGAAUUUCAAUUAUGGUCCUGCUCGAAAGGCCUUAGGAUUUGAUGGACUAAAGAACCCCGAAAUUGUAGCAAAUAGCUCCUUAAUUGCUUUCAAGACAGCUCUAUGGUUCUUGAUGAGUGAGCAGAAGCCUAAGCCCUCAUGUCACAAUGUCAUGGUUGGAAGAUAUAUCCCCACAAAAGCUGACAAAGAAGCCAAUCGAACAGUUGGAUAUGGGUUGUUAACCAACAUAAUCAAUAGACAUGAAUGUGGAAACCCCAAUGAUAGACGAUUUAACGAUCGGAUUGGCUAUUUUCAGAGAUGCUAA